GGGCGCAUGAAAAGCAGGUAGGCAUCCUGCAAAUAUGCCUUCCAGCACAGAUCUCGAAGCAACGUUUGUGAAGAACUGGGCGCAGCUCCAUGGAUUUUCUGCGUCCAGGCACCUCGGCGGCGCGAGACCCUGACUGCCCUGGCCAUCAAGCGCUUGGGCGCAGACCCAGGCUGCUGCACUUGGUCGUCGCCGCGUCCUUCAUAGUCCUGGUCGCCUCCACCUGUUUUUGCGAGGGCUGGCGAACACCAGAUGUGCGCGGUGACGUGAAACGCGCUGGCGUGGAUUACGAAAGGCUCCGGAAGCUGAAGAAGAUACGGGCAGGACCUGUACCGGCGUCGGCGCCGAUCUUCGGCACUCCUAGAUGGAAGCGCCCGGCUGGCCCUACAGAGGAGGAGAGCUUGCCAUCGACGACUAUGUGGCUAGGAUGAUGCUUUGUGAUGAGGUAGCAGAAGCACGAGAACUCAUGCAAGAGAUGAAACAGAAGGACCUACCCUUGGCGAUGAAAGUUUGGCAUGGCGCCCUCGGAGUCAGCGCCAAUGCGACCGACUGGCAGGAGGCGAAGAAGCUUUUAGAGGAAAUGGAGGCAGAGGGCCUCACGCCCGAUCACGCUGCCUACCACUUGGCCAUGGAUGCGGGCGAGGGCUCAGGAGCCUCCCAUCGACCACGCGGAAAGUCUAUUUGAGGAGAUGAAGAAGCGCGCGAUGCUGCCCACCCAAGAGACCUACACCAAGGUGCUGCACUCCUUCAUCUUGCAGGAAAAUGAGAAGCGAGCGCGGCAGGUCUACCGAAAGGCCUUCAGGGAGGGCAUGCUGAACUGCUACUCGAAUCGCGGGGUGAACCUGGCGAUCUACGACUACCCGAUUGACGUGGCGACGUUCAUCCUCCGCGUGGCCGUCAUCGACCGUGCGGGCGAGUUGGUCGGCAGAAAAGCUGGGAAGACCACCAUGCACGUGCUCACUCGAAAACCUGGAGUUCCCAAAUACCAGGACGCGCAGUUGGAGACCAUGGCGCUCAGCAUCCUGCGGGACGAGUUUGGCCUCAAGGCGAAGCUGGAGCCCUCGGAUUUCGGGCGCAUCCGGCUACGGGGCUCGGAGCUCGAGCGCUUCGGGCGCGAACGGCGUGGUCUGCCAGUAAGGCAGAAGGUUGGCCGAUAGGUGCGUGCGCACCGAGCGGCCAGUGCACAAAAGUGUCAAUGCAGCAUGAGUCGAAGAUGCUG